AUGUCUGAACAAUCGGAAGAAGAAUCGUAAGAGUUACAACAGAAGGAGGAAAAACAACAACAGAGUGAAAUCAUACAAUAAGAGCAUAAGACUGAGGAAUAAUUAUAGCAGAUCCCAUAUGUGCAUAUGCUAAAUAAUAAAUACAACGUGAGGGAGGCUGUACAUGCAGGAUCAUGGUAUUCAAGCAAGAGCAAUGAAUUAAAAAUACAGAUCAAUUGUUGGUUGGAGUAAGCGAAAGCAGAAGUGACUACAGUAGCAUAAUUGAAAGCAUUGGUUGUUCCGUAAUGAAUUUCUCAUUAGAUUAAGCCAUGCAGGUUAUGCUUAUUCGGGUCCAACUGCGGCAUUUAGUUACAAAUACUUGAAGAAGUACCCUCCAUCUGAGAAAUUGAAGGUGUUCAUCCUGGGUCCCUGUCAUUAUGUUUAUAUAACUCAAUGUUGUUUAACUAGAUAAGAAAUAUACGAAACUCCUCUCGGGAAUAUCAAAGUGGAUCUGGAAAGUAAGCAAUUGAUGAUCGCAUUUAGCUGUAAAACAAUUGCAUGAAUAAGGAUUAUUCGAAUAGUCGGACAAGGAUGCAGAGGAGGAAGAACACUCAAUUGAAAUGCAACUGCCUUUCUUAGCUCAUAUUUUGGGGACUGACAACUUUACAAUCAUUCCAAUAAUGGUUGGAUCUAUUGAUGCUAAAUCUGAAGAGUACUAUGGAAGAUUGCUAAGCGAGUAUUUUGAUAUGGACGAUACUCUGUUUAUUAUAUCGACAGACUUCUGCCAUUGGGGAACCAAGUUCGCUUACACUUAUUACAAUAGUGCAGAUGGAGAGAUAUUUGAAUCAAUCGAAAAAUUAGAUUAGAAAGCAAUGGAACACAUAGAGUUGCACGACUUGGAUAAAUUCAAUGAUUAUUUGAGAGAAUAUGAGAACAAUAUUUGUGGAAAGCAUUGCAUUGCCAUAUUAUUACAUGUAUUUGUUAAUAAUGUAUGUCGAAAGUGCAUAGCGAUGAGUUAGAACACACAUAUGAUGGAGACUAAGUUCAUUAGAUAUGCGCAAUCCUGUUUAGUGAGAGACAAGAAGGAUUCAUCAGUGAGUUAUGCAGCAGCCAUCACAUUCUUAGAAGAUUGAGUGGAC